GAAAACAUCUUGUGGCGAGUUUUUCUGUUUCUCCAUCAGUCCAGAGCAGCUUUGGGCGACAACGCCUCUGAUUCUGCUUCCCCUUGUUUCCUCCAGUAUUCAGCGGGCCGCCCUGGCCAUCAUAGAGCACUACUACUGCGACUUCCCCAUCCACAACCCGGCUCUGCUUUCCGCCUCCAAGUCCCGGGCGGCCAAGCAUCUGGCCGGCCUCAAGGUCUACAACGUGGACGGUCCGGGGAACAACGCCUCAGCGGGAAUCGCGCAGUCCCAGUCCAGAGCCAUGAUCGCGGCCGCAGCUCGGCGCCGAGACACCAGCCACAACGAGCUCUACUACGAAGAGGCCGAGCACGAGAGGCGCGUCCGCAAACGCAGAGCGCGACUGGUGGUGGCAGUAGAGGAGGCCUUCACCCACAUCAAGCGCAUGCAGGAGGAGGAGCCGAAGAAGGCCCCGGGGGACGUGAUGGACCCCCGAGAGGCGGCUCAGGCCAUCUUCCCCUCCAUGGCGCGCGCCUUGCAGAAGUACCUGAGGACCACCAAGCAGCAGCACUGCCACAGCAUGGAGAGCAUCCAGCAGCACCUGGCCUUCUGCAUCACCAACAACCUGACGCCGAAGGCGUUCCUGGAGAGCUACCUGUCGCCGGGGCCCACCCUGCAGUACGGUAAGGACCACUGGCUGGGCCGCCGCUGGACGCUGAUCAGCGAGGCGUCGGUCACCAGCGGCCUGAAGGACGGAAGCGUCUUCUUACUCAAGUGUGUGGACUUCAGCCUGGUGGUGACGGCCAGGAAGAUCCCUUACGUCCAGAUGUCGGAGGAAUACAUCGACCCCAAAUCUCACAAGUUUGUCCUGCGACUACAGUCUGAAACCUCGGUUUAGGACAACAGCUACUUUUCAGUUGUGUUUUUUUAUUCCUCACCAUGUCAAAUUGCUUUCAAAUGUUGCUAAUUAGGGUUUGAAGUUUUUUAUAUGUACUUUUCUUUGUUUUUAAUAUAUAUAUAUAAAAAUGAAUUUAUAUAUCACAUGUCUGAAAUUAAUGCUAUCUUAAUGUUUGACUUGGUGAAAAGAAGAAUUGUUGCAGGAUUUCGUUCACGGGUUUGAUCGAGAUUAGGUUGUGCACAAUACUGUAUGUAUGAUUAUACGGUCCCUUUCAAUCGUAUUAAAGGGGCAGUAUGAUGUAUUUCCAGGAACAUGGAACCAUUUUAUAGCACAAUCAGGCAACAAUGUCUCCUUUGGUUGUUGUAAAAAUGCUUUACAUAUCAAAUAUGUUGUAAGAGAAGUUGGACUUUGUAAUUUAACUCUUAGAAAUUUGGCAUCUAUAUCUUUAAGAAGCUACUGGUGUUUCUGAAACUCCGCCUUCAGGAAGUCAUCACAACAUUUCUCCUUUAUUAACCCUUUAGAAGCGUUUUCAUCAGCGUUUUCGCUGAGAAGUGGCUCCGAUAAAGAGCUCAGCAGUUUCACCAGAUGUUUGCUAACUGCUGCUGGCUAGUCUGAAGGAGCUGAGUGGGGGAGGAGCUUUGCAUCGAAGGCGGAGCUAGGUCCAACCAGACAUUUUGCACAGCUGCAUGGUUUUAGGAUUUCUGCAUGAAAUUGUUAUGAGAAAAUAACAUCAUGACAUGAUGUAAGGCUAGGAAAAGUUUAUUUUACAUGAUACUGCCCCUUUAACUUUUUCAUAUUGCAGCCGCAAACUUGGGAUUUUAUUUGACAAACCAACAUAAAUAGGGCACAAAUGGAAACUCAUACAGAUAUUUAAUUCUGAAAAAUAGACACCUAAAACAGAGGAUCAGUAAAAGGGGCUGAAAAUAAAAGCACACCACACUUUUCAGAUUUUUCUCUUUUAAAAAUCUUAAUGUUUUCCUUUCUGUUCACAGUCAUGUCCUCCUUCAUUUGGUUUACCACAUAAAAUCCUAGUUAAUGUAAACGUUUGCGGCACCUUUUGUCAUGUUUGAUGUUUCUUUGUUCAGAAACCGAAACCAAACGAGUCUGAAAAAAUUCACUGCAAAGUUCCCAGCAGAGACUCAGAGCUGAAAAACAGUCUUAAACAGUUUCGGAUUUGAUCUGCAGUUUUCCAGGUUCAUCAUCAUCAUCACCAUCGGCGGCGGCGGUUUGGUUAACCAGGAAGUCAAAACGAACUGGCGCCCAAAGACAUGAACUCUUCCACAAAGGUUCAGUGAACCUCUCAGGGCUUUUGUGUCUGCCGCAUCGAGCUGCGAGUUCUGAAAUCAAAAAAUAACUACUGAUUUCUGAGAGCGUCACGUAGCAGCACGUUCUGUCAGUUCUACAUCUGCUUUGCCCCUUCCACGAAAAAGUUUCCAGACUUUAAAUGACAGAUCUUCAUAUUUUUUACACAUUAAAAGCGGUUUUAUAAAGAACUGGUUUCUAUUGUGAAUGAAAACUGGGGCAAAACGGAGCAGCCUUCUUGCUCCUGUAACGUUUUGUCCAGUUAAAACUACAAACCAGAACAUUUUAUUGGGAUUUGCUGUGAUAAACAACAGCAUCUGAAAAGUGUGGCAUGCACUUAUUUUCCACACCCUCACCCUUAUCCUUCCACAAACUGAAAGUUUUGCACAUUCUGAUUUGGAGAUUAGCUCAGUUUUCAAUGGAGAGCUUCAGUUUGAGUCAUUCUGGACUUUGACUGAGCCAUUCCAACAAAAUUAUGAAUUUAAUCCCAGAAUUUUUUUUUUUUUUUCUCAAAAUUUUGAGUUUAAUGUCAAAAUUCUCAUCAUAAUAAAAUUCUAAUGUUGGAAAACAAAUUCAGGUUUUUCAUCUAUGAGAUUAAAAACAAAAACAAUACGCCACACUUUCCAGAUUUAAUUGUAUUUUUGUUUUAACUCAGAGGUGCGAUCACAUUUCCACAGAGGUGAAAGGUUUUCAUGCAGCCUCUGAGCUCAGCAGUGAUUUCUAUGUCAGCGCUUCUUAUCACUUCGUUGUAUUGAAACAGGAAUCGGCGGAUCAGCAGGGUGGAACCGCCGUCCCAACUGGACCGUCUGGUUUUCCUUCUACCGCCUGGCGUCUCAUGAACAUCCAAUCCUUCGAGGUCAGUCCCUUUAAGGAGGAUUCAGGCAGAUUUCUGCUUCUUCUUUUUUUUUCUUUUUUUUUUAUGAUAACGAAAUACUCCUAUUUAAGCUAAAAAUCCCUCCUGUUUGUCUUUCUGUGCCUGCUGCACUCUGCAAAGUGACACAAAUCACAGAGGUCAGUUAUCAUUGUGGCCUCUACUGCCCCCUGGUGGUCACACCAGGAUUGGCACGUGUGUAUAAAGCUGAACAAAAACGAAACAAAAUCUGUAUGGUUUACCUUCUGAUCGUAACAUGACGGUGCCUCCUGUUUUUACACUGUAUUUGUGUAAACACACACAUCUGUGUGUAGGUGUGUGUGUCUCCUGCCUUUUUCGUUCCAUCUGUCCCUCUGUUGCCUGGUUAUGGCCCUUUCUGUCCACCGUCAGUCUUCUGACUAUCAAUUUUCAGGUAUUUUUCGGUUGCACAACAUUAUUAUUUGUAAAAUAAAAUAAAUUGUAAAAGCAGAAGAAGAAAUAUUGAUGAUAAUAAAACACUUUUUAUGAGCAUUUGUAAAA